GUAGCCCUCCACAAGGUCUUUCUGUCACAGAGCUGAUGGAGACAGUUAAUGGAGUUUCCAAGAUGAGCAUUGCACAUGAAAUUGUGGUGAACCAGGAUUUCCAUAUGGAAGAGAUGGCCUUAUCUCCAGAUAGUCUGGAAAGCAAGAUUAAGGAGACAAUGCACAAUGCCUUCUGGGACCAUCUUCGAGAGCAGCUGUCAGCCACACCACCAGACUACACGUAUGCUCUGCAGCUUCUGAAAGAAAUCAAAGAGAUUUUGCUAUCGCUGCUCCUGCCUCGCCAGAGCCGUCUAAAAUGCCAAAUAGAAGAAGUGAUGGACAUGGAGCUCCUCAAGCAGGAAGCUGACCAUGGAGCACUGGAUGUCUCUCAUCUCUCCACCUACAUCCUGAGCAUGAUGACAAUGCUUUGUGCACCAGUUCGAGAUGAAGAGGUUCAGAAACUUGAGAGCAUAUCAGACCCUGUGCAGCUACUGAGGGAGAUAUUCCAUGUUCUAGGUCUGAUGAAAAUGGACAUGGUUAACUUCACCAUCCAGAGUAUACGACCACAUCUGCAGGAGCACUCAAUCCAGUAUGAACGGGCCAAGUUCCAGGAACUUCUCCAGAGGAUGCCCAACUUCCUUGAUCAUACCACAAAGUGGCUAAGCCAAGCAGCUGGUGAAGUCAUGACACCCCCUCCACCAUCCUUUGACACUCCAGACCAAAUCACUUCUUCACCUGCAGAUGAGACAAUGAAAGACAACACUAUCAUAAGCCCCUCAAUGGUGCUAAACCAGGGUUACAUGAAUCUUCUUCACUGGGACCCUGACAAUGAGGAGUUUCCCGAGACUGUGAUGAUGGACAGGACCAGGCUGCAGGAGAUUCAGUGCCAGUUAAAUCAGCUGACCAUUUUGGCCUCUGUCCUGCUAGUAGCCAACAGUUACUGUGGCCCUAAGUUAUUGAGUUCACCUCAGUUUGUAGACAGACUCAAACAAAUCAUCAAAGUCCUCUUAGAGGGAAACCAGUCAAGGCUCAAUGAGGCUUUGCUGAGUAUAAGUGACCAAGUGCUUCAGGAAAUACAGCAGGGCCUUGUGGACCUGAACCUUCCUGCCCUAAGCAAAGACAACAUGGCUUCCCUGUCAGGCCAGAUCCAUAGCGUGGCCAAGGAGGACAACUGCGUCCGCAGCAUCAUUGAUCAGCGGAUCCGUCUGUUUCUCAAAUGCUGCCUGAUCCGGGGAGUGCAGCCUUCUCUGAGGGACCUCCCUGGGGGCAUCACGCCUAUAGAAGAGGAGCUGGCAGAAAUGGGCCAAAGGUUUUCAUGCCUGAUCCAUCACAAUCAGCAAGUGUUUGGGCCCUACUAUGCUGGCAUCUUAAAAAAAGUGCUCUUCUCUCCACAAGAGUCGGAAGCAAGCGUGGAUUCUACCUGA